GCCACUUUUCAGUAGCAGUUCAACAUGGAGAGGGCUCUAGGACUGCUACUCUGUUUACAGGGCUGUCUUUUUGCAGUAGCCUUACGCUGCUCAGAUAAACUGAUUGUUUCUGCGGUAGAGAAAUAUAAUAAGGAGCAUACACAACAGCAGUGGUUUGACUGUAUAAAGGUUAAAAUCAUAAAACCCGUGUCCUAUUCUGACAGAAGCUAUUACUUUAAGUUUCAAAUUGGAGAGACUCUAUGUAAUAAGACCCAUUUAAUGAAAGAGAAAUGUUUCCUUCAGAAAGGCCAAAAUGAGGUGACUACAAUCUGCAGCGCAUUGGGUUCAGAACUUAAAGACAAUGUUAUUCUUCUGUCCUGCAAAGAGAAGAUCCCUAGGGAAUUCAAGAGAGCCAAGAGGAACCUUCAGGAUAACGGACAGCCCAAAAAGAAACCAAGGCCAGGAAUUUUUUCUGGUUUGAGUGAUCAAGAAUUACCUGCUAGUGACAAAAGGGUGAGGAGACAGGUCGAUAACCAAAAAAAGAAAAAGCAAAAGCCUCCUUCUCACAGUGGGUCAUUCUCUCCUCUGAGCCUCCCAGAUAAAAGAAGUAAGAGAAAUCUGAAUGACAAGAAAAAGAAACCAAAACCUUCACGGAGUGGAUCACUCUCUCUUUUGGGACGCCCUGCCAAAGAAAAUAAAAAGUCCAAGAGACACUUGAUUUCAGAAGAAAAAGUCAAACAAAAGAGGCAAAUCAGAAGUUAUGGACAGAAUCAUAACAAAAAGAUGAGAAGAGACUUAGACAGACAUAGGAGGAAGAUAAAGCACCCUUUCUUUAUUGGAUCAUAUUCUGCUAUUGGCCGACAUCAAAAAAAACACAUGAGAUUCCAGGAGUAAGAAGAAGAAGCAAGACAUUGGACAUCAACAGCCAGCUGGGCUAAUAUAAAUGAUGGAAGCUUUUCUUUUUUGUUUCUGGAAGAAAACACACUCUACAUUUACUCUGAAUUGGACACAAAUAUGUUGAGUUUUUUAUUAAGUUAAGCACAAUUUCACACAAGCAUAUAAAUGGAUUAAAGGGAAAAUAAACAUGUAAAGAAUGCCUGAAUGUCGAGUUUUGUAAGAAAUCCUUCUGCUUAGGGAAUUUUUUGGGCUGGAGAAAUGAAUUGAAAGGGCAUCAGUGGCCUAUAAAAAGCUAAUUAUGAGUUCUGUAUUCUCAUAGCCUUUCUGUAUAAAUGACACAUCUAAACUCCCUGGAUCAGUAAUCAGCACUUUAAUAGCUGCUCUUUGUUUCCUAUUUAAUCAUCACUGUCAAAGAAAACCUAACAAAGGAUUUGAAUGAAUGUGAAAUUUAAUGCCACUUGUAAAACUUGUGAUUACAUAAAAAAGACAAGAUGGAAUAUGUUGCAUGUUUUUGUUAUCCAACAUUUGUGCUGUUGCAAGGUAAAGUAAUAAUUUAAUCCUCUAAUAAUUUUAUUUCUGCAGUAAAUAGCAGCAUUCAAA